CUAUUUCAUGCAGAGUAUAAAAGCUGAGCUAUGAGAUGAAUAAAGGGACAUUUUUGACCUGUUGAUUCUUUUAUCAGGGGAAAACUGCAUAAGUGAGACUAUCAAUGGGGCAGUUCAAGUCUAAGAUUACAGGGUCAGGCCCAGGUAUUCACCAGGCAAAUCCUGAAGAAGGACCUCCCAGGUACUCCUCACACCAUUUUGAUAGCAGUAUAAAUCCAAACUCCACCAUCUCAGGCAUGUCAAGCGAAUCAGGACAGAAGGACAUGGAGCUGCGAAAAACUUCUAUCUACAACACCAUAGACAUGGCACCACAGUUAGAGUAUUAUGCAAAUACACUGCCCCACCAAGAGAUCAAAAUCAGACCUUCCCUUGAUGUUCUGCGCAAAACAUUUGAGGAAGUGGAAGCAGAAAAGGCUGCCGCAGAUGAUGCCGCCGCAGAGGAUGAAAAUGAAGAACCCCAAGGUCCUCCAGGGAAACCGCCUACUAGAUUUGGCUGGUUUAUUGCAGUCUGGAUGCGUUGCAUGCUGAAUAUCUGGGGUGUCAUCCUCUUUCUCCGGCUAACAUGGAUUACCUCUCAAGCAGGCAUUGUGUUGGGCUUGGUUAUCAUAGCGCUGGCUGUGUCAGUGACCACAACAACUGCCCUCUCAAUCUCUGCCAUCGCAACCAAUGGGAGAGUGAAAUCAGGUGGGACAUAUUUCAUGAUCUCUCGCACACUCGGUCCUGAACUAGGAGCAUCAAUUGGGUUGAUCUUUUCCCUUGCCAAUGCUUUGGCUGUCGCACUCCAUACUGUUGGCUUUUCAGAGGUUGUACGCGAUCUGAUGAGGAGCCGUGGUACCAUAAUGGUGGAUUCGCUCAAUGAUGUCCGUAUUAUUGGUGUGGUCACGGUGACAAUUCUUUUGUUCAUUACGUUCGGUGGAAUGGACUGGGAGGCCAAGGCUCAGAUUUUUUUCUUCAUAGUUCUCAUGGCUUCCUUCGCUGAUUACCUUGUGGGAACACUGAUACCUCCCACCCUACAGAAGAAGUCGCAGGGCUUCUUUGGAUAUGACAGGGAUAUAUUCAUAGAAAACCUCACACCAAGCUGGAGAGGUCCUGAUGGCAACUUUUUCCGUCAGUUUGCAAUUUUCUUUCCUGCAUGCACUGGCAUCCUGUCUGGAGCCAACAUCUCUGGAGACCUCAAAGACCCUUCUACUGCUAUCCCCAAAGGCACCCUAAUGGCCAUAUUUUGCACCACUCUCAGCUACGUUGUGAUUGUUAUCACUUCUGGCGCAAGUACAGUGAGGGAUGCCUCUGGAAAUAUGACUGACCUCAUGACUGAAAACAGCACAAGUGGCUGUUUGGGACCAGCAUGUAAACUGGGCUGGAACUUCACAACCUGCGUUCAGUCACAGGCUUGUUCACAGGGUUUGGCAAACUACUCGCAGGUAAUGGGCCUGAUAUCUGGUUCAUAUUACCUCAUUGUUGCUGGUGUCUUUGCAGCCACCUUGUCUUCUGCUCUUGGAUUUCUUGUUUCUGCCCCUAAAAUUUUUCAGUGUCUGUGCAAAGACAAUGUAUACCCGUACAUUUCAUUCUUUGGAAAGGGUUAUGGCAAAAAUAAUGAACCACUUCGGGGCUAUAUACUCACCUACCUCAUUGCUGUGGCCAUCAUUCUAGUUGCUCAACUAAAUAUCAUUGCACCCAUUAUCUCCAACUUCUUCCUGUGUUCCUAUUGUCUCAUAAACCUAAGCUGCUUUCAUGCAUCAAUUGUCAACUCCCCUGGAUGGAGGCCAGCAUUUAAAUACUAUAACAAAUGGACAGCUUUGUAUGGAGCAAUGGCAUCUUUUGCUCUGAUGUUUGCGUUUACCUGGUGGGCUGCUCUAGGCACCUGGUUCGCCAUCUCCCUCCUGUUUAUAUACAUUACAUACUUAAAGAAACCAAAUGUAAAUUGGGGGUCUUCAAUACAGGCAAGUUCAUACAACAUGGCUUUGUCAUUCUCUGUGUCUCUUACUGAUGUGAAGGACCAUGUCAAGAAUUUUAGACCACAGUGCCUUGUCAUGACUGGACCUCCACAACAGCGCCCUGCACUGGUGGAUUUUGUUGGCUGCUUCACUAAGCAAGUAAGCCUUAUGAUCUGUGGAAACAUAAUGGAGCCAGACAAGCAGACCCAGUUUCAGGAUUCCACAGAUCAGUAUGUUAAAUGGCUAAACAAGAGGAAAGUUCGCUCGUUUUACACUCAGUUUACAGCUAACACCCUCAGAGAUGGAGUUCGAUAUCUGAUGCAGGCUUCUGGUCUCGGCAAGCUAAAGCCUAACACGCUGGUCAUUGGCUUCAAGUCAAACUGGAUGGAAAGUUCUCCUACAAGCAUUGAUGAUUAUGUCCACACUAUAUAUGAUACAUUUGAUGCCAACUACUGUUUGUGUAUCUUGAGGAUGAUGGAUGGGCUGGACAUCAAUGACCAUGCUGAUUUUAAAGAAAACCAAGGCUUUGAGCCUGAUGAAGCCAUUGAAAGCAAUGACCAUCAGCCUCCUGAGAAAAACUCUGCUAAUGACAUUUCUGAAAACAGCAAAAGCGAUCAGGUCAAGACUGUGUUUAAGAAUGCUGGGGGAACAAAGACUAUCGAUGUCUAUUGGAUAGCUGAUGAUGGAGGACUAAUUCUACUGGUGCCUUACCUGCUCACCAGGAGAAAACGCUGGCGAAGCUGUAAGAUUAGGGUAUUCGUUUUGGGAGAUGAAGAAAACAUGAUGGAAAGCCGUGAUGCAAUGAUGGCCCUGCUGAAGAGAUUCCGUAUCAAUGUUACUGAUGUUGUCGUCAUGACAGACACUGAGAGGAGUCCUCAACCCAAAAAUAUGAAUAGGUUUUUGGAGAAUGUUGCGCCCUACAGGCUAUAUGACGAACAGCAGGAAGAUGUCUCGGUUCAGGAACUAAAAAAGAAGGAACCAUGGAAAAUAUCUGACAAACAGUUUGAAGCUUUUAGACUUAAGUCUGAGAGAAAAGUAAGACUGAAUGAAAUCAUCCGGAGGAAUUCACAAAAUACCACCCUCGUGCUUGUGAGUCUUCCUGUGCCGCACGGCGACUGCCCCAGUGCUCUGUACAUAGCCUGGCUGGAUACUCUGACCUGUGGCCUCCACUGCCCUGCAGUGCUUGUACGAGGAAACCAAGAGAAUGUCCUCACUUUUUACUGCCAGUAAAUCCUAUGUUAGUGCAAUGAAAUCUACAGAAACAAUAUUUUUGAUACUCUAAAAUGAUGUCCUGACAAUAAAGGAGAAAAAAAAAAUCACACAAGACAAAUAAGUAAAUAAGAAAAAGCAUAAAUGCGUGUAAAUGAUGUGCAGUUGUUACAAAGAUGAUUAACAAAUCUGAUGAAUAAUAAAGAAUGAUCAAAAAUG